CUGGUAGAGAGUGAGGAGCAGUUUCAGCAGAGUUUAGCAGACGCUCUGGUGGAGGAGACAGCUGUCACUGUAAAUGUGAGGCUAGCUAAAAGCCUUCCUCUGCCCGUGGAGAAUGAGGAGAGUCGUCCAAGGAUAGACCUGGUGGUGUUCAUCAUCAACCUGACCUCGGAGCUUAGUUUCCAGUCAGCAGAAGCUUCCCUGAAAUAUCUGGACCCUGGAUAUUUCCUUGGAAAAGUCUGCUUCUUGGUCACCAAUGCUCGUAAUGCUUCGGUCCCCACAGAGCGCCUGGAUGCUGUCAGAAAGCUGGCUGCAUCGCUCCACUGCCCCAUGCUGUUUGCAGAGGAUCAGGCACCAGAUGGUGUGGCCAAUGCUACCGAGAGGCUGCUGGCCAUCCUGAAGGUGGCGGCCGGCCUUGUUCCCAUGGCUACUGCUCUCUACCUGUCCAACCUGACUCGCUGCACCGUGCCCCCAGACAUCGACCAGCCGAGCUUUGAUUAAUUCCUGACAUGAAAAAAGAAAAUUUUAACCAAUACAAUGACCUUUGAUCUGUAACUUUUAACAGUCAUCUAAUGGAUUGGCUCAUAGCUGCAUGAUGUUUAAUUAAUCGGUUAAAGACUGCACGCUAAUAGUACACCCUCACAGGUGAUUGUAUUUAUUUUGGCUGAUUAGAUCUCUUAUGGACUAUAUGGGUGUGUACUUGAUUGACCUCACUCUCACUCUUUUUAGCUUUAAUGCACUUGUGAUAUCAACAAACAUCAGUCUGCUGGCCUCGUGGUAUUUCAAGGCAGAUAUGAACAUGUUGCUGCAGAGCUUCAUUUGCAGAAUAUUUCUCUAUUGCAUAGUGUAUAUGAUGAUACAAUACAGCAUGCUUCUAUAUUGUGUCGUUUGUGUGUGUUUUCAUGGUUCACGGACAUUUGAACCAUCUAUUGGAUGCUUUUAACAGGAAAACUUAAAUGUCUGCAAGGACAUUAAAGAUGUCUUAUGAUCAAUAAAGGCAGUUCUGACCGUU